AUCAAACGAGGCAUGAGUAUUCCUUCCUCCUAUCCUAAGCAGAGCAAAAACCGAAGAGUUAGGCUAAGAAUUGCUUGCGCUGUCUGUCUGCCUCUCUCUCUCAGUCUCUCUCACAGAUUUCACUCUCUCCCUCCAGACUCCAACCUACUGCGCCGCUCCCAGUGCUCCCACCUCCAGUACACGGCUCCAGCUUCCAGUCCCGUAGCACCGGUCAGCCACCUUCGUCCAUGUCUAGCCGUCCAGGGCACGCUCCGUCACAGCUCCUUUGGACUCUUCGCUAUCAAAAUCACGCUGUGCUUGGGUUUCUGAUCUGAUCGUCCCAUCCACCUAAACUGAUGUUACAGUACAUAGUUGAAUAAUGGCUGUUCAGACUUCUAGUAAAUCAGUAUAUGAUGAUGAUUUUGAGGAUGAAGAUGGGCCUACAAUUUUCAAAAGGAGUAAACCACUGGCUAAGCAAAAUCAAUUAAACUCAGAAGUAAAGAAGUCAUUAUCCGAAAGGCAUGAUGGACAAUCCAAUGGUCAAAACUCCAGUUCGCAGAAGGGUAAGAUGGUUACAUCUAAUAAGGCAUCAUCAGUUAAAUCUCCUGCACCCAGCCCAAAAGCGUCAACGUCAUCCAUCAAAGCAUCAACUGAGAAGUCACCGGUAGCAAAUUCAAAAGCAUCGAUUGCAUUCGUUGGUCAUGCAAAACGUUCAUCUGAACAGAACAUGCCAACUUCUGUUAAAGAGGAAAAGAGUUCUGUCAAAUACUCUUCUGUAGAAAAUAGUGAUUCCGAAGAUGAUAAACCACUGAGUGCUAGACUCAAGGGGAACUCCAAUCAUACCCAGAAAGGGUUCAGCAAACCUGUUCCCAAUACAUCACCACCACCAGUGUCAAAAAUCACUAUAAAAAAAUCUCCUGAAGAUUCGGACGAUGAAGUUCCUUUGUCUUCAAGGUUCCCAUUGAAAGCCAAUGUGGGUACGUCCAGUAGUAAGCCUUAUGAUUCUGAUGACAAGAAACCCUUGGCUUCAAGAAUUCAGCAAAAUGGUUCCACCUCAAGGGAUAAACAGCAGAAAUCUUCCAUGGUAACGAGUAAAAGACCCUUAGAUAAGGCCAAUUCCUCUGAACAGUCUUCGGUUAAAAAGAUGAAGCUCUCAGAUGGAUCUGCACCAGUGAAGAUUAAGCAAGUAUCAGUCAAAGCAGAACCAAAGGCAGCAGAUGAUGACCAUAUUCCAAUUUCCCAGAGAAUGAAGAAAUCAUUCGCAUCAGACAAUAAAUCUUCUGCCACAAAACAAAAACCAGUAAAAACUGUUUCUACUACUUUCAAGAAAACAGCUAACAAGUCUAAGAAAGCAGUAAAAAAUUCAAAAUAUAUAAAGUCGACAAAAAUGACACCUAGCUCCGGUGACGGACAGAAGAAAUGGACUACCCUGGUUCACAAUGGUGUCAUUUUUCCACCAGCGUAUACGCCUCACGGAGUGAAGAUUCUUUAUAAUGGGAAGCCUGUUGGUUUGACUCCUGAACAAGAGGAGGUUGCCACAAUGUUUGCAGUGAUGAAAGAUACAGAUUACAUGCAAAAGGAUAAGUUCAAAGAGAAUUUCUGGAAUGAUUGGCGAAAGUUACUUGGGAGAAACCAUGUGAUUCAGAGCUUGGAGAAAUGUGAUUUCACCCCAAUAUAUGACUGGUACCAACAGGAAAAGGAGAAGAAGAAACAAUUGAGUACAGAAGAGAAGAAGGCCUUGAAGGAAGAGAAAUUGAAACAGGAGGAUAAGUAUAUGUGGGCCAUUGUGGAUGGUGUUAAAGAGAAGGUUGGAAACUUCAGAGUCGAACCACCUGGAUUAUUCCGAGGCCGCGGAGAGCAUCCAAAGAUGGGAAAGCUGAAAAGGCGCAUUCGUCCUCGCGACAUCACAAUUAAUAUUGCAAAGGAUGCUCCAAUUCCAGAAUGCCCUAUCCCUGGUGAAAGCUGGAAGGAAGUAAGACACGACAAUACUGUUACAUGGUUAGCUUUCUGGAAUGAUCCAAUCAAUCCAAAGGAAUUCAAGUAUGUGUUCCUAGCAGCUAGUAGUACCUUGAAGGGGCAAAGUGACAAGGAAAAAUAUGAGAAAGCAAGGAUGCUGAAGGACUACAUAGAAAACAUCAGGGCUGCAUACACGAAGAAUUUUACAAGUAAAGAUGUAUCGAAGCGGCAAAUUGCAGUUGCUACCUAUCUUAUUGAUAAGCUAGCUCUGAGGGCUGGCAAUGAGAAGGAUGAUGAUGAGGCUGAUACUGUUGGUUGCUGCACGUUGAAAGUAGAGAAUGUAAAACCAGUACCCCCAAACAUGUUGGAGUUUAACUUCCUCGGUAAAGAUUCAAUUAGAUAUGAAAAUACAGUUGAAGUUGAGCUUCCUGUUUACAAGGCAAUUAUGCAGUUCCAACAUGGAAAACGUGGGUCUGAUGAUCUUUUUGAUCAGCUGGACACCAGUAAAUUGAAUGCUCAUCUGAAGGAACUCAUGCCUGGCCUUACUGCAAAAGUCUUCCGAACGUUUAAUGCGUCCAUCACGUUGGAUGAGAUGUUGAAUAGGGGAACUAAAGAUGGAGAUGUUGCAGAGAAAAUUGUAGUUUAUCAGCACGCAAACAAGGAGGUCGCGAUCAUUUGUAAUCAUCAACGCACUGUUUCAAAAUCUCACAGUCAACAAAUGUCAAGGUUAACUGAGAAGAUUAGCGAGCUUCAGGGCUUGCUGAAAGAGUUGAAGACAGAUUUGGACAGAGCAAAGAAAGGAAAGCCCCCAUUAAAGAGUGCUGAUGGAAAACGAAGAAACUUGGCUCCUGAAGCUAUAGAGAAAAAGAUUGCUCAAACCAAUGCAAAGAUCGAGAAGAUGGAACGGGAUAUGAAGACCAAAGAAGAUCUGAAAACUGUGGCAUUAGGCACGUCCAAGAUCAACUAUCUUGAUCCUCGGAUCACAGUUUCAUGGUGCAAACGGCACGAAGUUCCCAUUGAGAAGAUAUUCAACAAGUCUCUUCUGGCAAAGUUCUGUUGGGCAAUGGAUGUGGAUCCUGAUUUCAGAUUCUGAUGCUAGCUUGGCCUAACAAAAAGAAAAGAAAAGAAUUGUUUAUCUUUUUACAUUAUAGAUAUUCACAAUUUUUUUAAAAUCUCCUGCGGAAAAAUUGGUGUAGGAUGUUCAUCUAAUCUAAUUAUGGGAUGAGUUACCCCUUUCGUCA